UGCGGUGCGGUCUAGUUUCAGGCGUCAAGAGACAAACAUUUCGCCAAAUGCGUAAGUGUCCAUAAGCCUCGAAUCUCGUUUCGCGAAAAGUGUGCAUACGAAAACAUUGAAAAGAUUUGUUUACGGUUUUUCAUCGUUUGGUCCUCUUUUUUUCCCGAGCACAAGCGAUGUCAACAGAAACAGUGACAUCAGAGGAAAGGGAAGUUUAACUUGUUCGGAUGUGGGAAAAAUCUUAAGGAUUGGGGAUUUGAGAGUGGGGGUGUGCUGUUCUCUUUACCGGUGAUUUCAGCUCAAGUGAAGCGAGUAAUCGUUGGAUUGGUUCUAAGCUAUGGUUAAGGAAUGGGAGAAUAAUAAAUUGAUGGUGAUUAAAGUAAUUUAUUAGUGUUGGCGUAGAUUAGUGCACGUGUCGUUACUUUUGGCUCAGGUGUACACAGUGUUGUGAAUGGAAAGUCAAUAUUCGGUCCGAAGUGUUGUCGGAUGAAGAGUCGGUGACUAACUCGUGGGAACACCGGUGGAGAUUCGUUAAUUAUUAACUCAAUAGAAUAAUCGAUUCGUGCUUUGUGUCGUACGAUCUCACUGACAUUACUUUUCGAAUGGUAGUGACAGCAUUACAUCGUGAUUAACCAUUGUAUAGUCCACUAUGUGAUUGUAGCAAAUCUCCAAGGAUAUCUGGGCGGUGACUUUGAGUGUAAAGUACAUCCACUCGACGAAUAGUGUGUUUUGUAAUGACCAUUGAUGGCGUACAGAACGAAAGCAAUCCACCAUCACAUCGAAAUGUUAACAAUCUUUCUGCCCUGACAACUGACCUUAACGUAAGUCUGGCAUCGCUUCCCAGCAAGCAACAAACGCCGGCCCCAUCAGGCCAAAGUGGAUCAACGCCUAGACCGGCUCUUCUUUACUACUGUCCGAGUGAAAAUGCAACCGCGGUCGGUGAUGGUGACCAACAUCGACGCAUUCCACAGCUUCUCGUGCGACAGGUGAACUGGAAGUUCUACGAUUAUCCCCAGCCCUCGUUGGGACGUGAAAGUACGCCACCAGUGACACUGUUGCCUCAAACCGAGGAAGCUCUGAAAGUUCUGCGAGAAAUCGAUAACAAUAUUGCUGCCGUCGGACGGUUUGACGACCAUGGAUUCAGUGCGUUGCUGGACGAAGACAAUUGCGACGGUGCCAAUUGGGGCGACAAUAUGUCCAAUUAUUUAAGAAAUGGCCCACGUUCGAUAUUCUUCAAUCAGCACCAGCCAACAUCACAAUUCAGUGAUCCCAAGUCAGACACCGAUUCGACCCAUCAAACGGCGGGAGAAUCUUCUGGGAGGGCGGAUACCAGCUCAUUCUCGUCGGACAGUGGAAGAAUGCUAAAACGCCCCCCGCUGGGCAAUAAUGUCUCACCACUCGUCACUGCUGCCGGGAACCAUAAAUCCGUCGUGGCGCCGCCUCUAGGUGCUUCCAAUCUGUACUCCUCUAGGCCACCGCGAAUCAUUGGAAGCACAAGCUCUAACUUCGGAGGGAUAAGCAACAGAAUCUCCGCUGACAUCGACGCCAACAACAGUUCAAAAGCCGCAUUUCGUCCUUCGCCCACAAGCAGUACUGCCACAACGACGCCAUCCUCAACGGCACCCGGCAGCGGAACGCAUCAGCCGUCGGCGGGAACCCAAAUGCCUGGAAAUCGACACAGUGGGACAACCCUCGGCGGAAGUACCCUUCCGAAUUAUAGUGUUAGUAAUAAAGUAAAAAGUACAAGUGCGAAUAAUAAUGUGCAUCACAGUGAGGGUGUUACGAAUAAUUACAAUGGUGAAGCCCUGGAUGGGAAAGCAAGUGCUCGGAUUGCAGGUGUGCCCCAACAGGCAGCACAGGCAAGUGCGUCAGGUGUGCAGCUAACCCUUUAUGGGUGGCGGAAGAAAUGCCUUUACACAGUGAUAAUGCUACUGAUGGUGAUGAUCAUCAUCAAUCUGGCGCUCACGCUGUGGAUACUGAAGGUGAUGGAGUUCUCAUCGGACGGAAUGGGUCAGCUGAAGAUUGUUUCCGGUGGAAUCCAACUCACCGGUCAGGCGAUGGUAUUAGACAUCCUACGAGCUUCCACCAUUCGGUCCAAACAUGGGCAACCGAUUUCAAUAGAAUCAUCCCGAAACUUCAGCCUAAACACUCGGAAUUCCGAAGGGUACCUGGAAAAUCAGCUCUUCCUUGGCCACGACCGAAUGGAGAUACUGGCGAAUCACUUCCGGGUGGCAGACACACAUGGGACUGUGCUCUUCUCAGUGGAUCGAGAUGAAGUCACUGUCGGUGCAAGCUCAGUUCGGGUGGAAGGAGAAGGCGGAGUGUACUUCAAGGAUUCCAUUCAGACGCCGCUAGUGCGAGCGGAAGCCGGGAAGGAUUUGAAGCUGGAGUCACCAACCCGGUCUCUGGAGGCGCGUGCCACUCAGGAAAUAUUUAUACAAUCACGCGCUGGGAGCAUCGAAGCGAACUGUCUCAGCGAUCUCAAACUGCACUCUGUUGCGGGCAGUAUCCGCCUGGAUGCCAGCAACAUUGUCCUGCCGAACUUGAAAACCGUGCAACCUUUGACGUCGUUGGGUGGUGCACGAGACCACGCGGGUGCCGCUUCGGCGUCGUCCGCCCACAACAAGAUCUACCAACUGUGCGUGUGCUCCAACGGUAAGCUGUUCCUCGCCCCCGCACACAGCAUAUGUGCGGCCGAUGAUAGUGCCAUCUGCAGGUAAUAUUUUUUCCUGCCAUUUCAACAUCCGGCAACGAUUGCAGUGAACUAUCGAAACACAAUCAAUAUGAACAUACGCAUGUAAACUUAAUCGCAGUUACCAAAUGAUAGUACAGAGAAAAUGAAUGGAACAAUAGCUAUGUGAAUAAAAAAAUAGGCGUGUCGAAAAAAGAACCAUUCUUUUUUCCCUGUAUUAUCCUCAAAUCAAGCGAUUCGCGUGAUCUGAGAUUAGCUAGACACAAACAUUGUAAAUAGAAUAGGUUGAAAACAUUGCAAACAAACGCGAACUUUCAUCCCUAGGCAUGGCCUUUUGGACACAUAACCAAACAGUAGUCCUUCAUGAAAUGAGUUAUUCAAACAAAGAUGAAUUAUAUAUUUACUGCUGAAAAUUGAGUUGCAUUAUUGACAACAAAUGUUACGAAAUUGUUUCGAUUUAUGUUUACAUUCACCAGACUCCUGUGGGAAUCGUUGAUAUUUUGGGAAUCUAUCAAGCCAGGAAGACAGGUAGUUAGAUGUUAGAAUUACAAAUGAUUGUGGGAAAAGAAUCAGGAAAAAGUUCUAUUUGGUGGAUAAAAACUGGGCUAUAAAUUCUGACUUGACUCGUUCUUUUGGAUUGCUACCAUUGGUCUUAUUUUAUUGUGUGAUGAAUAGGGUAGCAAACAAGCAGAGCUUAUAAUUGAUCAAAUCACAGAAAUCAUCCCACAAAAAAAAAAUAUCGUAAAUCAAAACAUACCUGUUACACGAAAGAAAAGCAACCAAGUAGACUCUUAACCGUAAUAAGUUAAUCGAAUGGGUUUUAGAAACCCAUCGACAACAGGAAUCGUUUGAUAAAACUGAUCAGCAUAUAUGUGGUUGCGUAUCGAAAAUAUUAAUUCUUGUUUGACUGACGUAGACUCAUAGAAAAAUCGAUUAGGAAUGUUUUACUGCCAACAGGACAUCCGCAGAAAAAGAAACCUACCAAGUGAUGGGUAAAUUAUAGUUUUUCAUACGAGCAUACAUAUCAUAUAUAUUAAAUUACAUUACAUUUGAAAUAGAGGUAAUAAAUAUAGUGAAUAACAUUAU